AUGGGCGCCACCCCAUUCCACCGAUCUAUCCUCGAAGUCCGGUUGCCGAAACACUUCGACAAACCAACGGACAUGAGGUAUGACGGAACCCAGGACCCUCUAGAACACCUCACGGCCUUCGAGGCCAGGAUGAAUCUGGAGGGGGUAGGGGACGAGGUAAGAUGUCGCGCCUUCCCAGUAACCCUAGCGGGACCCGCGAUCAGGUGGUUUAACGGCCUUCCACAGGGGUCCAUCUACAGCUUCUCAGACAUCAGCCGCGCGUUCCUGGCCCAGUUUACAACACGAAUAGCAAAGGCCAAGCACCCGAUCAACCUUCUGGGGGUAACCCAGAGACAAGGAGAGCCGACCAGAAGGUACCUGGAUCGGUUCAACGACGAAUGCCUUGAAAUCGACGGCUUGACCGAUUCGGUGGCCAGUCUUUGCUUGACGAACGGCCUCCUCAACGAGAACUUCCGGAAACACCUUACCACGAAACCGGUUUGGACGAUGCACGAGAUCCAGACGGUAGCCAAAGAGUACAUAAAUGAUGAGGAAGUUAGCCGAGUUGUGGCUGUCAACAAACGGCAGUCUGGCUACAAUCAACCCCGGCAGCACGGGAACGGGGAUAGGCCGAAGGAGCGAACCAGGGAAGAGGCGCCAAGCAAAACGCCGAGGACGUUUCCCCGGGUCGGGAAAUUCACCAACUACACCCCACUCACGCUUCCCAUAGUAGAGGUAUACCAACAAAUAGCAGAGAAAGGAAUCCUGCCGAAGGCCCGACCACUCACGGACCGCACUGGAGGGAACAAAAACCUCUAUUGCGACUACCAUAAAGGUUACGGUCACCUAACGCAGGACUGUUUUGACCUAAAGGAUGCGCUAGAACAAGCGAUAAGGGAAGGCAAACUAGCAACAUUCUCCCACCUUAUCAGGGAGCCGAGGAGACGUUAUCGCGACGAAGAGGAAGAAGGCAAAACCCGUUCGGCAAAGCGGCGACCGGAGCCAGAAGGCGGGGAUCACGGCCUCACUGUGAUAAACGUAGUGACGGCCAAAAACGCUGCACCUAGAUCCAGGUCCGCACACAAGAAAGAUGCAAAGAUACUGUCGAUUUCCUCCUCAUCAGUGCGAAACUCUAAAAAGCCUCCGCUCGUCUCCUUCGGCCCAGAAGACCAAUGGUUCGACGACGCCCCGGAAAACCCACCCAUGGUCAUCACGUUCCGAGUGGGAACCGGCCUCGUCAAACACAUCCUUGUUGAUACGGGGGCAGACUCGAACAUCAUGUUCCGCAAUGUAUUCGACGCAUUGGGGCUAAAGGACGCCGAUCUGACGACUCACCAACACGGGGUCAUUGGACUAGGGGAUCAUUUCAUUAAGCCAGACGGAGUAAUAUCCCUGCCAAUCUCAUUGGGACAACCCCAGGGUCGAAGGUCGGCGAUGGCCGAGUUCGUGAUCCUCCGAGACUCGACCGCCUAUAACAUCAUCUUGGGAAGGAAGACGAUCAACGACUUCGAGGCCAUAAUUAACACAAAGCUACUGGUCAUGAAGUUUGUUACCGAUGACGGAUCUAUAGGGUCCGUAAGAGGAGACCUCGAGACGGCGGUCGUUUGA